UGGCUCUGUCCCUGUCCCAGGCUGCCAAUGUCCCCGUGGUCUUUGACGAGCACCACCUGAGCGAGGUGCAGAACACGGCGUCCGAGGAGAAGCUGGAUCGGGUCGUGGAUUCCAUGAAGGAAAGCAAGGUGGCCCUCAUAGGAAAGAUCCACACGCCCAUGGAGUACAAGGGAGACCUGGCGUCCUAUGACAUGAGGCUCAGGAGGAAGCUGGACCUGUUUGCCAACGUGGUGCACGUGAAGAGCCUGCCGGGCUACCAGACCCGGCACAACAACCUGGACCUGGUGAUCAUCCGGGAGCAGACCGAGGGCGAGUACAGCUCCCUGGAGCACGAGGUGAGGACAUUGAGGGGCCCUGGCACUCCUCAGCUGGACAUGGAGCCAGGCUGGGAGAGCUGGGAAUGUUYCCCUGGAGAAGGGAAGGACACAGGGAGAGCUCAGAGCCCCUUUUGGGGCCGCUUUUGGGGCUCCAGGAGAGCUGGAGAGGGACUGGGGCCAAGGRCUGCAGGGACAGGACACAGGGAAUGGAUCCCACUGGGAAAGGGGAGCUUGGGCUGGGAUCUUGGCAAGGAAUUCCUGCCUGGGAGGAAUUCUGAGCUUCCCAGCUCUGGAAUCAACACUGAUGGGAGCACCUGGACAGGGACAAAUCCCCUUCCCAUCAGUGACAGCGGAAAGGGAGAGGGGGAAAUGUGGAGCAGGGAAAAAACAGGAUGGGACACCCCAAAUGGUGUCACAGAUCCCAGUUCCAGCAGGAUCCCUGCAGCCUUUAGGAUUUCCCAGCUCUCCCACCAACCCUCCCUGGUGUUCCCUGUCUGCAGGAAGCUGGGGGAUGGGCUGUUCCUGCAGUGCUGUAAGGAGGUGGCYGAGCUGUACCCCAAGAUCAAGUUUGACACCAUGAUCAUCGACAACUGCUGCAUGCAGUUGGUGCAAAAUCCCUACCAGUUUGAUGUCCUGGUGAUGCCCAACCUCUACGGGAACAUCGUGGACAAUUUGGCCGCGGGGCUGGUGGGCGGCGCGGGCGUCGUGCCUGGUGAGAGCUACAGCGCUGAGUACGCCGUGUUUGAGCUGGGAGCCCGGCACCCCUUCGCCCAGGCUGUGGGCAGGAACAUCGCCAACCCCACGGCCAUGCUGCUCUCGGCCUCCAACAUGCUGCGGCACCUCAACCUGGAAUAYCACUCCAACCUGAUYGCAGAUGCGGUGAAGAAGGUGAUCAAAGGUGGAAAAGUCCGGACUCGGGACUUGGGCGGUUACUCCACCACUUCUGACUUCGUCAAGUCCGUCAUUGACAACCUGCACCCCCACUACGGGGCUUAGGACCCCCAGCAG